AUGAUAACUGUCACUUACAACCCUGCUCCAGGUGGUCCUGUCCCGCAUUACCCUGCUCAAGGCGGCCAUCCUGUCCCGCAUUACCCUGCUCAAGGCGGCCAUCUUGUCCCGCAUUACUCUGCUCUGGGUGGCUCUUCUCUCACCACACAAGGCGGUCAAAAUGCCAACCCGCAGACAGUUCCGAGUGACUCACCUAUGGAUGGAGACAUAGAGGCACAUCGCGCGGCAUACUUGGAUCUCACAUGGGAUAAAAGACCGCCAGAAGUCGAGAUGCUACAGAUCCGCAAUGAGUCACUUAUGGAGAGACAAAUCGGAAGGGAGCCACUGAUCCCGACUCGAGGCAUUGACCUUUCUCUGUUCACACGACCUCAAAAGGAUCAAACAUCUUCUAGCCCUUCCGAACCUUCUAUGUUACAAAGACUCCCCGAUGAGCUCCUUUUGAUGAUCGUCUCCGGCAUAUCGGACCCAAAUGACAAAUCAUCGCUCUUCGCCUUCUUCGCCCUCCGUCAGGUCUCUCGCCGAUUUAGACGUCUAUUGCAUGCAGAUGACUUUAUUCACCAUCCAUUCUCCCGUCAAGGGUGCUGUCAAAUGUGUGCAGAUGGUUACAAAGACAAAUACACGUCGCCAAUCUGUCCACCCGGUGGACGCCACUGUUUUGACUAUAAGCCCGGUGGAGGGGUGUACAGAGUCCAAGGUGCUCUGAAGACCAAGGGAGUAUGGGGGGCUGGAGGACUUGGGGAUUUCAUCAGAAGUUACACCACCUGCAAGAACUGCCAGGAAAGUCGGGAGGACAGGAUCAAGGCUGGUUACUCGACGACUUGCAAGUUUUCGCCUUGUGAUUCCGAAGAGCUCCUUCAUUGCCACUCCUGUGAGAGGGACCACCCCUCAUCAUGCUUUUCCCAAGACCAAGCAAAGCUACCGAAUGGACGAGUCUGUAUUGCACACGAGGGCUAUAUCCGAAUUUGUGACCACAAAACACUCACCCGGGCUGAUAUAAAACUUCUUCUGCCCAGCGAGGUGCCUGAAGACCGUCCGGUAUUUGUAACGAGCUGUGACCAUCCCGAGCAUAAGGUUUCAUGCAACGACAGCUUCGACUAUACCGACCAGACCCCGAGAGUAUUUGCCGCAAAAUCUGACGGCCUGGUUAUGCUACACAUUCUAUGGCAAGUUCAUUCGGGUAGCGAUCGAACUCUCCUCCACCAAAGUGGCUAUUUACACCGACAUAAGCUCAACAACUCACUUCGGAAGAUUCGACAGAAUGGAGGACACUUGUUCCUACCCCAACGUGGCCCUAAUACGUUACCUGAAUGGAGCGUCAUCUCCGAGAUCGACCGCUCUGAGGUAGUGUCAUCAGAAGAAGAUCUUAUCAAGCUCCGUGGUGGCUGGGGCCACAUGAAUCGCCAACGUAGACACAACUUGGCUCUUCUAGGCUCCGACAGAAUAGCAUGUGGUCACUGCAGAUACGACAAGAGAUGCAUUGUUGUCAAUUACCAUUGGAAGAUAUGUUUCUCGGAUGCAGAAGUGGGCUGGGCGUCUCACGAAUGGUUUCAUGCCAUGGAUAGGAAGUCAUAUGUAUAUAAUGGACCUGCUGGCGUACCUGAGACCUGCAAUAUCGAAGGCUGCCGCAAUAGCUACGUGGGUAAAGAAGAUCAGGUUGAUCAGUGGCCACAAACGGUGAAUUGGAUCUGCCAAAGGGACAACUAUAGUAUUUGGGACAGGACUUGUAAAUUGGUAGCCCAGGAGAAGCAGCGUCGCAGGGAUGAUAGACAAACUCUUCAAUCAUGGGAGAUUUACGAGCCUGAGAGGAGCUGGGAGAGGCUUUGUCACCCAGAGAACAAUUAA